UCAAAGCGACAGUUUUAUUCGUCCCGCGCCAUUCGAAGAGUUCAGUUGUUUCUUGCGUCGUGUGUGAAAAGUAAUUUAGUUGAUCAAACUCGGCUUACAUGCAUAUGCAUACAUACUCAACCAGUUAAGAGGCACUGAGAGAGACCAAAGAGUCUCAAAACCAGCUUAGAGCGAGCCGACAAGUGUGUCUCGCAGACAGCAUCCGCUCUUGCCCGUGCAAGUAAGCGAAACAGCACUACCUGUGUUAUUUUGGAGUCGUCUUCUCUUGCUUCUCUCUUCUACGUGGAGCGUAGCUUGGCGACCGUCUUUUCUUCAGCCAAGAAAUCAUUCCCCACGCUCUCAGCUCCGCUCGCGCGUUAUUAACAGCUCUCGAUUGUGUAGGGUGUGGUGCUGGGCGCGUUUUCACAUUUGGCGCACGCGAAACUCAGGCAAAUUCAUCAACAGUUUUCCCAAUAAUAUGUGGCGCCCCAAGAUGGUAAAUAACGUGGGAAGCACGUUGGCUGGCUCCCUUUUGCUGGGACUUGCCCUCCUCGCCACGCAGGCAGAGGCGCAGAGGACGCCAACCAUUUCCUACAUCACACAGGAGCAGAUCAAGGACAUCGGCGGCACUGUCGAGUUCGACUGCUCCGUUCAGUAUGCCAAGGAGUACAAUGUGCUCUUCCUCAAGACCGACUCGGAUCCGGUCUUCCUCUCCACGGGCUCCACGCUCGUCAUCAAAGACUCGCGCUUCUCGCUGCGCUACGAUCCCAGCUCUUCCACCUACAAACUGCAAAUAAAGGACAUCCAGGAGACGGACGCUGGCACCUACACCUGUCAGGUGGUGAUCUCCACCGUGCACAAGGUGAGCGCCGAAGUCAAGCUCUCUGUGCGCCGCCCGCCCGUUAUCUCCGACAAUUCCACGCAAUCGAUUGUGGCCAGCGAGGGCAGCGAGGUCCAAAUGGAGUGCUUUGCCAGCGGUUAUCCGACCCCGACCAUCACAUGGCGUCGCGAGAACAAUGCCAUUCUGCCAACGGAUAGUGCCACCUAUGUGGGCAACAUACUGCGCAUCAAGUCGGUGAAGAAGGAGGACCGCGGCACCUACUACUGUGUGGCCGACAACGGGGUCAGCAGGGGAGAUCGCCGCAACAUCAACAUUGAGGUGGAGUUUUCGCCAGUGAUAACCGUGCCACGGCCCCGUCUCGGCCAGGCGCUGCAGUAUGACAUGGAUCUGGAGUGCCACAUCGAGGCCUACCCACCGCCGGCCAUUGUCUGGACCAAGGAUGACAUCCAGCUGGCCAACAACCAGCACUACAGCAUCUCGCACUUUGCCACCGCCGACGAGUACACCGACUCGACGCUGCGCGUGAUCACCAUCGAGAAGCGCCAGUACGGAGAUUAUGUGUGCAAGGCCACCAAUCGCUUUGGCGAGGCCGAGGCUCGUGUAAACCUGUUCGAGACGAUCAUCCCCGUGUGCCCGCCGGCCUGUGGCCAGGCGUACUAUGCCGGAGCCGAGGAUGUGGCUGCCACCUCCUUUGCCCUGGUGGGCAUUUUGCUGGCGCUGCUCUUCACCAGAUAAGCCAAUGGUCCCCCCACUGACUCUGACUACAAACGCUCCAAGUCCAAACCAUCAAUCAGCCCUCGAAUACAUAAAUAUAUACUAUACAUAGAUAUAAUAUAUAGUAACCUACAUCAUAUACAAAUCAAUCCAACAGACGUCGCAAAAUGAUUCGAUUCUCUUUUCCUCUGUUCCUGACUAUGUUUUGUAGAGUCUGUUUUUGUUUCUGUUUCCUUUUGCUUUUCCGUUUCCGCUUCGCCCUGUCCAAUCUUCAAACGUCCAAUAUUAUGUCUUAAGUUAAGUACGCUAAGUGAAAGGGCCCACAUAACUAAGAUAUAGUUUUUUAGAACCGAACCCAAAAGCCGAAUCAAGCCCAGCCACCACAUUCGUCCGCUUUGUUUUCUGAUCUGGCUCUGUAUAUGUUUUAAAUAUGUAUUUUAUUCUAAGCAAAAGACAAUGACGACGACGACGACACAUCACAGCAUUCCAAUUACACAACACAUCUCAGAAUUAUGAGAGUAUUUUAUGUUUAUUUAAUAAAUAUUAAAGUAUUUUCGUUCUGCAAAACAUGAUAGACCCAAAACCUCAAAAUCUGCAUUGGAAUCGCGGCAAAAUUCAUAUCCGAAUGAAGGCAAGCAACAUCGUUGUGUACAUCAUUAGCUCCUAAGCGCAACUCGAAAUUC